AUGAGCAAUAGUAGUCGGAUCUGUGUGGCGGUUCGCAAGCGGCCUGUUCCCGAGGGCGCCGAUACCGAUAUCGUGGAGACGCCGAGCCCGAACGUCAUCGUGAACGAACCCAAAGUGAAAUACGACCUCACCCCAUAUACCGAACGCCACACCUUCACCUUCGACGAGGUUUUCAGCGAGUCGGUGAACAACGUGGAGGUCUACGAGCGCUGUUGUUUACCCCUCGUGGAGACGGUUUUCAGCCACGGCAACGCCACCUGUUUCGCCUAUGGGCAGACGGGAUCGGGAAAGACACACACGAUGCUCGGAUCCACGAAAGAACCCGGGUUGUACGCGAUCGCGGCGCGCGAGAUCUUCGCCCGUGCGGGGCAACUCCACGCCGACGUCUUCGUCGCCUUCUAUGAGAUCUACGGGCGAAAAAUCUUCGACCUUCUGAACGACCACGAGCGGCUUUUCGCGCGGGAGGAUGCCGAUAAGGUGAUUAACAUUUGCGGCCUCAGCGAGCACCAGGUGGGGGAUAUUCAGCAGAUUUUGGAUGUGAUUAAAACCGGCAGCGCCUACCGCGCGGCGGGGCAGACGAGCGCGAACAGCGAAAGCAGCCGAUCGCACGCGGUGUUGCAAAUCGAGGUGCGUGAGCGCGCGGCCGCGGGGGGAGGGGGGGCCGGGGGUUACGGCCGCCGAGGGCCGAAGACGAUCGGCAAGAUUUCCUUCAUCGACCUCGCCGGGAACGAACGUGGGGCCGACACCUUCGAUUGCGAUCGCAAAACGCGCAUGGAAGGGGCGGAGAUCAACAAAUCGCUUCUCGCGCUCAAAGAGUGUAUUCGGGCGUUGGGGAUGGGGAAGAGCCACGUGCCCUUCCGCGGGUCGAUCCUGACGGAGGUCUUGCGGGAUUCCUUCACGGGAAACAGCCGGACGACGAUGAUCGCGACGAUCUCGCCGACCGCCCCGCAUUGCGUGAAUACGAUCAACACGAUGCGCUACACGCAGCGCGUGAAGGAUCUCGGCGGCGGCGGCGGUGGGGGGGGGCGGGUGGAGCAGGUCCCCUUGGCCCCCCCCCGCCGGCGGGGGGCGGCGGAUGAAACGAAAACCCUUCGAGGCCGCCCCGCCGAUCCGAAAUCGGCCGGAGUGGGUGAGCGAUUUCGCGCCGCCAGAUUCGGGCGCGGAGGGCGCCGCCGAGGCGGAGGCCCCUCAACAAGUCACCCUCGCCGGCGGGGCCGCCGUGCGUUCCCCAGGUGGGGCCCGUCAAUGGCGACCUCCCAACGCGAAUAA